AUGAUAAGGUUAAGUAAGCAGUACCGCUCAAGUGAGUAUUGCAUGUAUUUCAAGUUACUUUUUCUUGUUGAAUUACAUGGCUAUCUUGCUCCUGAAUUCGUGCACAGAAAUAAGAAUGAAGGUCAAAAUAUUACGUGGCAUGGUGUAGCUUCCUGGACUUGGGAUGCCCAAGAUGAGACAUGUGGUAUAUGUAGGAUGGCCUUCGAUGGCUGCUGCUCUGAUUGUAAACGCCCUGGAGAUGACUGUCCUCUAAUUUGGGGUGCAUGUGACCACGCAUUCCAUCUCCAUUGCAUCUUAAAAUGGGUGAACUCACAAACUCCUCAAGCAAAUUGCCCUAUGUGCCGCCGGGAGUGGCAAUUCAAAUAAGGAAAGACAUGCUUCCUCUGAUAGUUCAACCAUAUCAGGGGUCUAAAUGAAUAUGUGUAGAGGUAACUGUAUCUCAUUGUAGUUACACUUGCUUCAUGCAACCAUUUCAUGGAUUAGAAGAUGAUUAUUAAAAAUUUCUCUGAUAUGCUUUCCAUAUCAGGGGUCUAAAUGAAUAUGUGUAGAGGUAACUGUAUCUCAUUGUAGUUACACUUGCUUCAUGCAACCAUUUCAUGGAUUAGAAGAUGAUUAUUAAAAAUUUCUCUGAUAGUUCAAUACAGUAUAAUUCAUUUUGUUA